AUGCAUCACCUACUUCUACUUCUAGUUGUACUCCUAGCCACUCCAACACUUUCUAUCAUUAGAUUCUCAAAUAUUACAGCAGAUAAAGGAGAACUUAGCUUAGCCGUUUGGGCUGGUGCCAAACUCUAUGUUGCUUCCAGCGAUGACAUCACUCUAUUGAGCAACGUCAAAAUCACCAAUAACGGGGAGAUCAAAACUGCUUGGGAUCUUAGUCAACUCGGUACGAAUCCGGAUGGAUCUGAGAUUGGUUGGAAAGCCAAUGGAACUAUUACGAUCAGUUCAACGAACGUUGAAAAUGAUGCCAUGUGGAUGACUGGGUUCUUGUACUUCACAACGUUCACUCAGGCGCAAGAUCCCAACUUCCACGUCUAUCUCGUCAACCGCAAAAUCUCCAUCACCUCUAACUCUGAUGACGUGACACUAGUCUUCCUCAAUCUCAAUCUAGGACUUCGCAACCAAACCUCCCCACUCUACAUCCCUGAUAAGUCGUCUCAAGUGUCAAGUGUCUCCAGUCUCCCAACAUCAAGCUUCGCAAUCUUUUGGAAUGAGCCAAUGGAGACUUAUAAGGAUCCAGUAGCGGAUGCUAGUCGACAACAGAGAAUCUUCUCGAAUCCCUUGCGUAUCGACGCAGUAUGGUACUUUGCCAACGUAGAACCAUUUCAAGUGUUCAAUGAUGUUUGGUACAUUCGAUCGAACGGAUUCUUGAAGUUUGAUGUUCAACAAGGAUGGGACGAUCCAAAUGGUGGCACAACGUCUGCCGUGACCACAACGGGCCUUCUAAUGAGCUCCUAUGCACCUGAAAAUGUCACAAUUCAUAUGAUAUCAAAUGCGGAGAACUCGGCGAUUUCGGGCCUGUCUGUCAUCUAUAAUUUGUUGUAUUCUGUCUCAUUUCAGAUGAGCGGACUCGAGGAGACAAUCAACACUAACAAUGAUUUUCGGAACGCGCGGAAAGAAGUGUGGGUGCCAAAACUAUCAAAUUACUUUUCGGUGCAAUCAAACUAA